CUGUGGAGUUUGGUAGCUGCGCUGACGGCAGGCAGUCGGCAGUCGGAGCUGGAGCGCAGGCGCUGGCGAGUGGAAAAGCUUCCAGCUCGAGAUCCAGCUGACUGCGAGGUUGCAGAUUUGGUGGACCAGCAGAAUGAGAGCUCAGAGGGGACUUGUCUUACUCCUGCUGCUUCUCGCUGUCCUCUGCUCCACAGGUGUUAGACUCAAAUGCUACCACUGUUUAGACCCGGUUUCUUCAUGCAAAACAAACAGCACUUGCUCUCCUAACCUGGAUUCCUGUCUCAUCGCUGUAUCGGGAAGGCAAGUGUAUCAACAGUGUUGGAAAUUUUCGGACUGUACUGCCAAGUUCAUUUUGAGCCGAUUAGAAUUGGCAGACGUACAGUACAGAUGCUGCCAGGUGGACAUGUGUAACAAAAAUCUCGAAGAAGGAGCAGUCAAGCCAAACAACGAAGCCACCUCCUUACUGGGGAAGACAGCAUUGUUGGGGAGCUCGGUUCUGGCGGCCAUUUUGAAGCUUUGUUUCUAAGUUCUGACCUUGUGUGUGGAUGUUCCAGAUGUGAGCUGUCAGUCAGAGGCAGUGACUGUUUUUUUGCUUAGUAAAACAAAAGCAAAAACAACCAACCAAGGAAACAAAAAUAGUGUUGGCAGUGGAGCUCAGAUCAAUGAGUGUGUGCAUAUUAUCUCAACUCUCUUCCACAUAACGGAAAAAUAAACACUGCUAGACUGUGA